CUCAAUCAAUAAUGGCGAAAACAGACAAGAGAAAGAAAAGAUGCCGGAAAAUUUGUUGACCCAAGUCGGAAUACCUCAGCAGAAGCUUUACAAUGGAGUUCCUUUCCCAGCUGUGUUAACUCCCAACUCUAAUCAACCUAAAUCCCAACUUCCUCAGAUAAUCAAUGAACAAAAAACAUGGAUUGGGUCUCUUCUCCAUCAAUCUGGGGCUAUUCUUUUUAGGGGAUUUCCGGUGAACUCAGCAUCAGACUUUAACGACGUCGUUGAAGCUUUCGGCUAUGAGGAACUGCCGUACGUCGGCGGCGCUGCUCCUCGUACUAGUGUUGUUGGUCGUGUCUUCACUGCUAAUGAAUCCCCGCCUGAUCAAAAAAUUCCAUUUCAUCAUGAAAUGGCUCAGGUUCCCGAGUAUCCAUCAAAAUUGUUUUUCUUUUGUGAUGUGGAACCUGGAAGUGGGGGAGAAACUCCAAUAGUCCUAAGUCAUGUUGUAUAUGAGAAGAUGAAGGAUAAGUAUCCUGAUUUUGUUGAGCGAUUGGAAGAGCAUGGCUUAAUCUAUAUAAGGGUAUUAGGGGAAGAUGAUGAUCCUUCUUCCCCGAUUGGUCGAGGCUGGAAGUCUACAUUUUUAACCAAAGAUAAGAGUGUUGCUGCAGAAAGGGCUGCCAAGUUAGGGAUGAAGCUGGAAUGGCUAGAAGAUGGAGUUAAAACCGUAAUGGGACCUAUACCAGGCAUCAAAUUCAACCAAGAAAGGCAGCAGAAAAUAUGGUUCAAUAGCAUGGUAGCUGCUUAUACUGGAUGGAAAGAUGGUAGAAACGAUCCUGUGAAAGCAGUCACUUUCGGAGAUGGUCAGCCUUUGCCUGCUGAAGUUGUACAUGAUUGUUUAAGCAUCCUUGAGGAUGAAAGUGUUGCGAUUCCAUGGAAGAAAGGCGAUGUCUUGCUGAUUGAUAAUUUGGCUGUUCUUCACUCCAGGAAAUCUUUCAACCCACCUCGUCGUGUGUUAGCUUCACUCUGCAAGUAAAAGCAAUGAUAAAGAAUAUAGGGAUGAAUUUUUCUGUUUGAAGUUUGUAGUAGUCUGCCUUCUAUUUGGUCCUCUCUAUGGCAGACUUGAAGAACUUAGUUCUCUCUCCUUUGAUAUUAUCAUUUUAUGGUAAUCAUGCUGGUAGUUUUUAUAGU